UUUGCCUAGCGUGCAGAGUUGCUAGUGGUGGUUGUCUUUGCUGGCGAGUGAUCUAAGAGCGAAAGUAAAGAAAGACGAAAAUGGCAGACCCCGAGAGAUUUGACGGGAUGCUUCUAGGCAUGGCCUCACAAUGUGAAGGCGGUGUUCAAGAGUUGCUGGAUGUGCUCUUCAAUUUCUUGUCAAGGAAAACCGACUUCUAUGUGGGUGGUGGAGAAGGAGCUGCAGAGAAGAUGAUUAUGGAGAAGUUUAAGAAGUAUCAGUCGCAAGCUGAAGCCAGGGCUGCUGAGUCCAAAGCAGAGAAAGAGGCUGAAGAGAAGCGCCGACAAGAGAAGAUAGCAAAGAAGAAAGCUGCGGAGGAGAAACAACAGGAAAGUCAGAAAGAGGAACCCAAAAUCAAAGAACUGACAGAUGAAGAGGCUGAGAAAUUACAGAAAGAAAUUUCAGAGAAAAAGUCCAAGCCAGCAGAGAGCACUGAAGUAAAUGGUGAAUCCAAGGAAGACAACAGUGGUGACAAGGAGUCUGAUGAGGAGGAGGAUGAAAAGGACAAAGGCAAGCUGAAACCCAAUUCUGAAAAUGGAGCUGACUUGGAGCACUACCGUUGGACCCAGACACUGGAGGAAGUAGAGAUAAGGAUUCCAUUUGAUGUUAAGUUCAAUCUCAAGGGGAAAGAUGUGGUUGUUGACAUUCAGAAAAAGCACCUAAAGGUUGGCCUGAAAGGUCAUCCACCUGUGAUUGAUGGCGAGCUAUACAACAAUGUGAAGAUAGAGGAAUCAACCUGGGUCAUCCAGGACAAGAAAGUGCUAAUCAUCAACAUAGAGAAGAUUAACAAGAUGGAAUGGUGGAGUCGCAUUGUCACAACAGACCCAGAAAUAAACACAAAGAAAGUACAACCAGAGAAUUCAAAGCUGUCUGACCUGGAUGGAGAGACGCGGGCGAUGGUGGAGAAGAUGAUGUUUGAUCAGCGACAGAAGGAGAUGGGGCUGCCCACAUCAGAUGAGCAGAAGAAACAGGAUAUCCUCAAUAAGUUCAUGACACAACAUCCGGAAAUGGACUUCAGCAAGUGCAAAUUUUCAUGAUGAACUUGCAACACGGGUGAUGCCUGAAUCAUCUCUGAAUGUCAUCAACAACUUCUUGUUACAUGUACAUACAGAUCAACACCUCAUUUCCAUUUUACACCAUAUUUUGUAAGAA